CUCCCGGUCUUGGAACCGGUUGGAGCAGUGCUCGUGUAACUAGAAUACGGACCAGUCGUAUGAGGAAUUGGCGUGGCUGAAGGACAUGUUUUUGAUUCACGAUUCCCUGGUUGACUUCUCCCUCUUUGCAGAUACAGAGUUCUUAACUGGAGCGAGACAAUUCAUUACCUGACAAGGUAGCAGCACGAAAUAAGGCUCGAAAGCUUUGUACUAUAGUUCUCUCACUGUGACGAAUCAAACCACAGCGGCUUGAUAAAAAUCUUUGGUGAAUCGGAGUCUGGGUGGCACUUGGCAGUUUUGUAUAUAUCUUUUUUUCUCUGUCUCACAUUUACCUCGUCCAUCUUUCUUCACAGGAGGAUAGUGAUCCCGUUUGGGCCCCUUUACUCGUUUUCCCGGACUCUAUAAAAAUAUCCACUGGAGAAGUUCCAUCCGACAGUUUAGACUUUCUCGGUUCUUCUCUUUGUCUACUCACAUUUCGUUUUUUUUUUCCUCCAUGGAUUUCAAGAAGCAGGCAGGAUCCUUUCCCAGCGAAGACAAGGAGAGCGAGAAGCCAAAGACGGAAGAAGCAGGCCAUGGAUCAGGCACGGAGGAGCCAAAGAAGAGCCGCACGGAGGAGGCAAAGAAGACCAGCGGCGAAGUUCCAAGCGACUCGGAGCUUAUGGGAAGUGCCAACGUCCUUCCAGACGCCGCGAAGCAGCAAAUGGGAGGAGCAGGAGCUAAGAAGGAAGGUGGUGGUGGGGGUAUGGACACUGCCAAGCUCCCCGACGCUGCCGAGGACAUUCUCCCCAACUUUGUCGAUAACAUUGGCCACCCUGGCAAGCCGUUUGGGAAGUGCUUGACGGAGGCCGAGGCCGACGUUGCUCCAGAGAAGAAAGAGGCCGCGGCGGGAGAGCUCAAGGCCGCGGCCGAGGAUCUCAAGGGGAAAAGCAGCGUCCAAGACAAGGCUGUGGAUGCUGUCCAGGAGAGAGUCGAGGCGGCCAGUGCUCCGAAGAGCGAAGAGACAGCCCUUUGAAAGGACCAUAGAUAUUAUAUAUGGGAGCUUGAGGGAUGCUUGAUAGGAUCACGUAUAUAGUUUUAUAAUUUGGUGCCCUUCGACACAUGAUAUAUGGCACGUGGAGGAAGAUCUUUGUUUCUUCCAAUUGUCUAGUCUAGAUCUCGAGAUGGGCAAUUGCGUCUUAGCCCAAUUGCUCGAUCUCUGCAAGUUCCUGGACGAAAUCUAAUUUGUUUGGCUCUA